AUGGAGUCAUCUCAAGAAAUUCAAAGUGGGACAAAACAGAAGAGAAAUGAAUCAUUUGAGGAGACACAGAAGAAUCUGAGGAAAGCUCUAGAUGAGCUUAAGAACUUGUUAAAGGAAGGCAAAGAUCAAAAUGACCCUAUGGUGAAAGACACUGAAGAUCGGAUCCGAGUAGCAUUGGAUGUCCCAAAAGAAAGUUGGGCUCAAGGUCAAACUUUAAAAGAUCUCAUAGAGAAUAUUUAUAGUAAACUCAAUGUUUUGGAAAGCUCCUCAUUCUCACUAGAGAACAUUUCAGAUGAGGAUGUUCUGAAAAGUGCAUCUGGAGGUUUGUGUCUCCAAGGUGUUUACAAAACUGGGAAUUUGAAAGACCUGCUGGAAACAAGACAGCAGCUGAUUGAGAUCCCUGAAUCUUUCUCACUUUGUGGACCUGAGCAGAGUUUUGCACUACCUUUCUUAGUACCCAACCCAUGUACCGAAGACCUGGAAUUCCCUCUUUGGCCUCUAAGGCACAUCAAAAAGUCAUGGAAAAGUAUGACAAGUGCAGACAACCCUGGAAAAUACCAAACCAGGCAAAUGUUUAGCACACCGGUGGCAGUUGUCUCUUUUUUAAGGUUGGGAACCUCUUUCACCUCCAAAUCUCAAAUUCUGAAUUCUGUCAUUAGCAAACAGAGACACAAUGUGUUCUUCAAUCGGCACUGUAAAGGCAGUGCUCCAAACAGCAAGCUUAUGAAUGGGGUUGUCGAGAUCGCCUGGUACUGUCCAGGAGGAAAGAAGGAUGACAUAUUUGAUGACUGUGUUGCGUUUCUAAACCUUCAUGGUGAAGCAAAAGAACAUCGACAGCAACUUCAAUUUCUGCAGGCAGUGAGUACGGUGAACGUGCUCCUAUUGUCAGAACAGCCACAGGAUGAAGAAACAAAAACAAUUUGUCAAAAUCUCUCUCAGUCUCCUGUCCCAUUGAUUUGCCUAUUUUCUGGAAGUGAAAGGGUUCAGGAUUCAAAAAAUCCACUCAAAGUGAGACUAGCUGCCAAGAACAGGAAUGAAGCAGAGUUAACAGAGGAACUCAUAACCAAUAUCAAGCAAUGCAUUACAAAAUCUCACAAGAAGCAGAGCAUUGAUAACUGUUCUAAAGAAGCAAGAAAACUAAAGUUCAAAGUUGAUGAGGACAAGCAGUCAUUCAAAGAUGGACAUGCACUGGCACAGACUUUAGUUUGUUUGCUGAAGGAAAAACUCAUUUCAGAUUUCAAAAAGGAGUUUCUGCCCCUGCAUGGUGAACUGUGGCAUAACUGGUGCUUGAAAAAUAAGCAGCAAUAUCGCCUGAGUUGCAAGACAAAUGUAAGCAUUGAACAACAACAAAGUGUGAUUGUAAGUGACAUGAAAGCCACACGUCAAAAACAGAGGAAAACAGCUUUGCCACUUAAUGAUUUCAUGAGAUCAUUCUUGGACUGUUUAACAUCAAGUGGUCAUUCAGAAGAUACAAAAUUCUACAUGCUGCAAUGGCUCAGAGUUUUACUCGAUGAGUUAACUUCUGACCACCUUGCAAGACUUGAGGAGAAUUACCACUUAACUUGGUCCCAAAUGAGAAAUGUCCCCAAGACUAAGGAGAAAGCAGAAGAAAGUGAUAUGAUCAGAAAACAGCUUAAUUCCAUCUCUGAAAAGAUGGCUGCGAGUACAAUUGGAUUACAGCACAUCAUGAGAGAGGUCGGUCAGAUGUAUGAAUGUUCUGAUGAACAGUCUGUUGCUGCUCUCCCUGCAAUAGGAGCUGAAAUGCUAAUUUCAGGAUACCCACUAGAGCUGAUGGAUGGGGACGAAUCACAUGUACCCCUUAUUUGGGUACAAGCUGUCCUGAAGAGUCUCAUUGAUAAGCUUGGGGACAAAAAGGUGUAUGUGCUGUCUAUCUUGGGACUCCAAAGCUCAGGUAAAUCAACCUUGCUGAAUACUAUGUUUGGUCUUCAGUUCACUGUAAGUGCAGGGAGGUGUACGCGCGGUGCUUUUAUGCAGAUGAUAAAGGUGGACGAGAAAAUCAGAGAGGAGUUUGGCUUUGAUUUUUUACUGGUUGUUGACACCGAAGGUCUUCGCUCUCCUAAAAAGGAACAGUACUUCCAGAUGUUCCAAAACUAUUGCAAAGGAGCCAACUCAGUGACAAUUUUUGCUGAAUUUUUAUCCAAAAACAUUCUGUCUGCAGCUGAAGAGGCAAUUUACAAUAGAAUUUGUCUGGACAUCGUCAAUAUUAUGAAAUGCAACAACCCAGCAUUCAGUGGCAACAGAUGCAACAUUGAAAAUCAUAUACUGAGGAAUCUUGCAGAUCAAGAGGAAUUUCAGUCAUGCAAAAAAUAUAUUUUGAACCCAAAGAUGUAUUUGAAAAGUUUUAUUGGAGAACAUUGGGCUCAGUGCCCUUUCUGCAAGGCCAUCUGCACAAACACAAUCUGUGACCAUUCUGAUGACCACACCAUGCAGUUUCACCGGUCCCCUGCUCUAGGUAAUUGGCAUUAUCAUGAAACAGAUGAAUUUUUAAUUGAUUUCUGCAGUACUAAAAUAAGCAGUGAUGAUUCAUUCAUGAUCCAUCCAGAUAAAAAAAACGAUCCCCUAUAAGUCCUAAAAAGAUGGUGGUGACCCUUAUGAUAAGUGGAGCAUCACCGCAGAUGGGAGCACACAGGGUUACUGGAAAUGGUUUGUUUUCAGGUUUCAGAAGGAGUGGGGGCAUAGAUGUGGAUACAAAUUUAAAGGCGAAGGUGCGAUUCCUGACAGCUGGAAAAAAAUUGAAAAGAAAUCAGUGCUGGAGGAAUUAAACAUGAGACAAAAACUACUGCAAUGAUGCAUAUGCAUGAUAAAUCUCACAAGGAAAUGUGUAGCGUUUUAGUUAUAGACAUUGUGUACAUGUGCAAAUGGAAAAUAAAGCAUUUAUCAUUAUCAUUAAUCAUGGGGUAAAAAAGUGUAAACUUUCAAUCUUUAACCAAAGUCCCCGGUGUUGUAGGGGUUACGGUCCCACGGUUCUGUUUGUAUUUUAUCCUCAUUAUUUUUUUCUUAUUAUAAUUUUCUUAUUUUUUCUUGUUUUAAAAUGUCUGUUAAGCACUUUGUAAACCAUGUGGUUAAAACAGUGCUAUAUAAAUGAAGGUUGAUUGAAAAUACACAGCCUAUGGAUAUUAACAAAGCAUGUAUGACCUUAUUUUGAUUUAAUGUUAAUUCUUGACAUUACGUUCUAAUUAAAAAAAGAUAAAUAUCUUUAGAUCUAAUUAUCAUUAAAUAUCUGAAUGUAGCUAUUAGUGGGAAAAAAAUGAUUUAGACGACUUAGAUUCUGUUUUAUAUUAGUUAUUAUUCCAAGCACAAACAUCCUAAUUAAAUUGGUCUCAUUGUAACUGAUCUUUAAUAUGUAGUGACAUAUAUUACUGCUUAAACUGCUUGAUAUUAUAUGUGCUCCUACCAUGCUUGUGUGUAAUAUCUGUUUUUGCAGUGAAAUAUGCAGUAGAACCUUGGAACUCGAACGCCUCUUAACUCAACCAACUCAGACAUCAAAUGGGUUUGUCAAAUUUUUUUCAACUUGUACUGUACCACAACCAAAAUCUUGGAACUUGACCGUUCCUGCUAAAAUUUGUAUGAGUCGAGACGUGUCCAACUAAACCAAUUUGAACUUUGAAUGGGUCUGUCAAAAAACACCUAGCAAGUCGACCGAAAAACAUGACAAAACGAAACAGACACGCUAAAACUAAUACGGAUCGAGACGCAUCUCUGUUGGGCUAAAUAAAGGCAGACGGGCCUACUGGGAUGCUGAUUCUUAUGAAUCGCAGUUAAUCUCGCCGUAACUCAGCCGAGUUUGACGUACGAAAGCUGUGCUUCUGUGUUCAGUGUGAUUUUUUUGUGCUUUAGCUACAGUACAUUUAGUGAUAUAGUAAUCAUGGCCCCUAAGAAAGUGAGCAGUGAUAGCAGCAAACCAAAGAGGAAAGCAGUGAGAGUAACUGUAGAACUUAAAAGGAAAUGAUAGCGAGACUUGAAGGUGAUGCACGUGUGUCUGCUCUCACUGCAGAUUGUGGGAUUGUCAUUUAUUUCAUGUUUAUUGUUUUUGUAUGUGUUCUUUUUCAUGUGGGUAUUAGUUUUAUGUUGAUUGUUCAUGUUUUUUUUUAU